AGAUGGGCCACAUAUUUGCCCACUUCUGAUGGAAAGGAACGGCGGAUUAUACAGUAUCGUCUGGCAUUGGAUUGACUGACUCAUCGAGAUAUUGUGUGGGAACCUUAUGGUUCGCUGGACGUACUGGCAGUCAUCCACCGGAGAUACUGACUGAGGAGCACAGCCGGUUAUGGCGGGCUGUCACCAUCCUGAUAUACUUUGCAGUGAUUGAGUGGCAUCAGGUAGACAGGGUCUUCCCACAGCUAGGGGGCGUACAGCAUUUGCCUGAGCCAGCGCUCAACAUAGAGUAUCUUCAUAGUAAGGACGGCAGGGGUGGAGAUAGAUGGUUCCCCACUUACUAUAGGACAUGGCAUCAGCAUUGGGACGAGCGAGUUCGUUCUGUGUUGAGUGUCCAGAGAGUUCCUGAUCCUGGUCCAUCUGCUGAGUACCUGGAUUGGUGGCACCGUGUUGCACAUAGGAUUCUGUCACCAGGGAUUGCUUUCGCCGACCCCAGACCGACCCAGGUUCCGAACGAUGCUAUACUUAAAGGGUCAUCGCAGGCGCCGACUAGAGUUCCAGCGUCUAAUAUGUCGGAUAACAGACGUGUGGAGAGGAGACGACGUAUCGGUACACGUGCCACUGAUCGCGAGUGGCGCUGGCUAGACGACAUGAUGCAGGAGGAGCAGGUUGGUGGUGAUGACGGAGGCCAGGCAGAUCAUCGCCUUCGUCGAUCUUCUGCUAGACGACGGGCUGCUCGUGGUGGAGGAGCACCUCCCGUCCACCAUGAUGACGAGGCAGGAUCGUCCCGUCGGCACCCUACAGACACUCAUGUUGGUGGCCCCGCGGAGGCUAGUAUGGGUGGUACACCUUUUACCCACGUAUCUAGCUCUCAGGUACUACAUGGGUCUAGCACACAACUGUUAGCCGAUCUUGCUACCACUUCUUUCACUAUAGAUUUGGACGAUCAGUUGGGUGGACCCCAGUUCUAUGCGGAUUUUGUUGAGAUCAUACGGGGUGACGACGCUCAUCAGUACCAGAGCUCGAUUCCAGGCGGCCCUUUAGACCCUACGGAGUAUAGGCCACAGCCAGCGGAUGUGCCGUCCCAGGUUCCUGAGACCCAGCUCCUAGUCGACUUGAAUGAGCCCGCAGGCAGCCUGUACGACACUUGGUUCGGCAUGGGGGGGGACACCACCAUCUGCAUUUGGAGUUGGGGCACAGGAGGCUCCACCGGGAGAUCGGCGAGCGACUAGGGUUAAGCAUCCGACUCGAUGUGGCACAGGCUCGCACCUAUUUGGUCCAUUCAGAGGCGACCAUGAUGUUGACGGUGACCAGCAGUAGCGUCCGAUUCUCUUAUUUUCGACAGUUAUCUUUGUAUGAAUUAUGACUUAUUUAUUUUUUG